UGUGUGCCGGAAGUUCGCUCAGACCCCGGAAGCUAGAGUCCGGUGUGGCUUUCCGUGGCAAUAGACGAGGGAGGGUUUCGGGAGUCUUGAGCCUAGAAGGCUGAUCAGGAUUAGAAGGUUCUUGGCCAGGUCGUGUCUUCCUUCCGGCCCGGCAAUGGCGACGUACACCUGCAUCACCUGCCGGGUGGCCUUCCGCGACGCGGAGAUGCAGCGGGCGCACUACAAGACCGACUGGCACCGCUACAACCUGCGGCGCAAGGUGGCUAACAUGGCCCCGGUGACCGCCGAAGGCUUCCAGGAGCGGGUGCGGGCGCAGCGGGCCGUGGCGGAGGAGGAGAGCAAGGGCACGGCCACCUACUGCACCGUGUGCAGCAAAAAGUUUGCCACGUUCAACGCCUACGAAAACCACCUCAAGUCCCGGCGGCACGUGGAGCUGGAGAAGAAGGCGGUGCAGGCCGUGAGCCGGCAAGUGGAGAUGAUGAACGAGAAGAACUUGGAGAAGGGGCUGGGCGUGGACAGUGUCAACAAGGAUGCCAUGAACGCCGCCAUCCAGCAGGCUAUCAAGGCCCAGCCUUCCACGUCUCCCAAGAAAGCGCCCUUUGUGCCCACGGACGAAUCCAGGAGGGCGGCGGGCGGCGCGGGCCGACGGGGCACCACGGAGCGAGACCCGACGGAGAAGCCGCCCCGGCUCCAGUGGUUCGAACAGCAGGCGAAGAAACUGGCGAAGCAGCAGUGGGAGGGGAGUGAGGAGGAGGGAGAGGAAGAGGAAGACGACGAAGAUUGGGAAGAUGUUGAUUCCGAUGACGGAUUGGAAUGCGAGAACCCUGGAGUGGAGGGUGAGGAUGCAGCAGAUGCAGAUGCAGAGGCUGGGGAGAGGCCGCUGCUAGGCGCCAUCCCAGUAACUGACUGCUUGUUUUGUCCCCACCAUUCCUGCUCCCUCGUGAAGAAUGUGGCUCACAUGACUAAAGUCCACAGCUUCUUCAUUCCUGAUAUAGAGUAUCUUUCGGAUUUGAAAGGACUAAUUCAAUAUUUGGGAGAGAAAGUCGGUGUUGGCAAAAUUUGCUUGUGGUGUAAUGAGAAAGGGAAGUCCUUCUAUUCCACAGAAGCUGUACAGGCACACAUGAAUGACAAAAGCCACUGUAAGCUCUUCACAGACGGUGAUGCUGCCUUGGAAUUUGCAGACUUCUAUGAUUUUAGGAGUAGCUACCCAGAUUACAAGGAGGGCCAGGAUCCUGCUGAGAUUGAGGACCUGUCCUCAGACAAGAUCUUGGAAUGUGAUGAUGAAACCAUGGAGCUGAUACUUCCCUCUGGUGCCAGAGUGGGCCAUCGCUCCUUGAUGAGAUACUACAAACAACGGUUCGGCUUGCCAAGAGCUGUGACAGUUGCUAGAAAUCAAAAGGCUGUGGGCAGGGUGCUCCAGCACUACCGAGCCCUGGGGUGGACGGGCAGCACAGGAGCAGCUCUCCUGCGGGAACGCGACAUGCAGUAUGUCCAGAGGAUGAAAUCGAAAUGGAUGCUCAAGACCGGGAUGAAGAACAAUGCCACGAAGCAGAUGCACUUCAGGGCCCAAGUGAGAUUCUGAGAGGCCGAGGCAGCUGCGUCCCCCGCUGCCCUUUCCUCCGCAUCUGAGGACCACUGAAGCCAGAUCGCCUGGUGGUUCUCUUGCUGCUACUUCAUUUGUUCUGAUCUAAUAAAGUUAAAAUCAUGUUUGUCUUCA